CAGUAAGUUGUCUGGCAGUUUGAGCAAGGCUGGUGUUUUUUUUAUGUUGUUUUCAGAAUCACUUUGGGGGUAAGGGGGUUUUAGUAAACGAAACAGCCGAUCGCAGAGGGGCAAGAAUCUGAAAUAUUAUAUUAUUAAUGAACAAGGACUGAUGAAGACGCAGCAGGGCCCGCUGAAAAGGAGUGCACACCCCCCUACAGAUCUGACAAGACGGCGAACAGCAUGCAUUUAAUUGUAAAACAUUAAAGAGAGACUUUCUAAUCAGCGACAUCGGAUUUGUUUGUAGAUCAUCUGCCCAUCUGAAUUUUACCCCGUUUGUUUUUGGUUUUGUUUUUGUUUCAUCAAGGUGACGAACAGGAGAAAAUUAUUUUCUAUUUUUCGCCGUGUUUUGUGGUUACGCUUUCUUGUUCUAAAUCUUGGGACACUUGUUGAAAUGUCAAAACCUUCGCUUAGUUGAAGUGUAAACAGACCGUGCAGAAAACCGUCCAUCGCGUUUUAGCUGCACAGGACCAAAAAAUGUCGAAUCUGAAAUCGAAGUCUCGUUUUUAACAAAUGGAGGACUGAUUUAUAUAUCUUUACAUCAAGACUUACUGUGUUGUCGCCGUUGGAUAUUGUGCAGUGGAAUAUUAGCAAGCUCCGCAUAUUGAUGGGAACGAUUUUCUUACACGGUGGAUUUGCAGUUUUUUCCCCACACCAUAAGAGAGUCUCUUCAACCAGUUCACCAACUUAUGCAUUUUUCUUGUGUCAAUUAAGAAGACUUGCAGUAAGAACGAUAGCAGUAGCAUAUCGUGAUCUUUGCAUAUAGUCUCGCUCGAUAGCUGGAACAUUUCACUUUUUAAAAGCCUCCAGACAAAACAUUUUGCUGGCUGCAAGGUAGAAUUUACAAAACUCCUACUCCAAGUAGGAUACUAGCUACCUAUUUAUGCGAUAUAAACGUGUUAUUUUCUGUUGCCGCGUGUUUGAGAUACCUGCAAUAUAAGAGCAUGUUAACAAUUCUAAAAUGAAGGAAAUGUCCUGUCAAAAACAACCAGCAACCCAUCUAGCAGCAGUCUAUUGGCGAAAUUAACAUUCAAGCACGUUGUGAAUGUGAGCACUUUUUUCAUUUUUAGAAAUAGAUGACAAUGGUGACACAACUCUGGACUUCAGUAUAAUAUUCACAAACAGUAACCAAACUUGCUAGCUGCACUUGAGCAAACUACGUAUCAGUUAGGAAAGUAGCUAAACAUUUAUUUCUUUUUCGUUUACAAACAUUUGCUGGCUAGCGGCUAACAAACGUUAGCUAGCUAGCUAGCUAACACCGUUGUCAUAACUUUGGCCACAGACUUGGUGGAUUUGCAAGAAAAGAAAAUGGAUUAAGAAACCAUCUGCGAUAAUCGCUCCAAGCUUUCCGAAAUUUUUCGAAGUAAACUUGUUAAACUGCGGCCCACACAAUGUCGGGAUCCCCGGGCUCCGGUGGUUCAAACCCAAGGAAAUUCAGCGAAAAGAUCGCGUUGCACAAUCAGAAACAGGCCGAGGAGACGCGGGCCUUCGAGCAGCUUAUGACAGACCUCACUGUCUCCAGGGUGCAGUUCCAGAAGAUCCAGCAGCUCCGUUUGUCCCAGACCCGGGCACAGUACUACGGUGGCUCCCUGCCCAACGUCAAUCAGAUCGGCAACGCCAGCGUGGACUUCCAGGGUGCGUUCCCCACUGGCCUGGACACAGUGCGAGGAACCCGGCAUCAUGGCCUGGUGGAGAGGGUUCACCGUGACCGCAACCGCAUCAACUCUCCCCACCGCAGGCCCAUGGACAAGCACGGUCGGCAGGUGGAGAGCUCUCCAUACGGAACGGUGUACCUGUCCCCUCCCCCAGACAACAGCUGGAGAAGGGAGCAGCAGCCCUGGAGAGAAGAGAAACGGCCGGGAUUUAGAUUAAUAUCGCAGCUCAACAGAACUAACUCCGACUCCGCCCUCCACACGAGCGCCAUGAGCCCCAACCAACAGGACGGCUUCGGAAUGAACCAGCAGAUGGGCCGGGGGCCCCCGCAGCGUAACGCCAGCGUGAACGAGGCGGAGGUGGACGGCUCGGGAGAUGUCUUCUCCUUUCCUGCCUUGCCAAAUGAGGAGGGCUUGAUGGGGGUGAGUAAGCCCCUGCCCAAACAGCUGUGGGAGGCCAAGAAGGUUCAGUCUCUCUCCUCACGCCCCAAAUCCUGUGAAGUGCCUGGAAUCAAUAUUUUCCCCUCCCCGGAACCCAACGCCGGGCUGUCCCAUUACCAGGGGACGUUAAACACGGGCGGGUCGCUGCCGGACCUCAGCAACCUGAACUUCCCCUCACCCCUGCCCACCCCGCUGGACCCCGAGGACAGAGGGUACCCCAACCUGAGCGGAGGCAGCAGCACUGGCAACCUGCCCGCGGCCAUGAUGCACCUGGGCAUCGGGAACUCACAGGGUCUCUCCGCCUCCCUGAGCAACCCCUCCAUCCAGGCUUCCCUCAACAACUCCCAGCUGCACUCAUCUCUCAGCAACCCCUCCAUCCACUCGUCCCUGCGGCUCUCUUCGCUCUCCAACCCCCCGCCGGGGGCCCUGAGCAGCUCUCCCAGGAGACGGCCCACUCCCAUCAGCCCCCUCACCCUCUCACCCGGGGCGGAGCCACGCCGCAGCCUGGGCAAGCAGCUGUCCCCCACCAUGUCGCCGUCCCUGUCUCCCAUCACCCAGGGGGUUGCCUUGGACACCAGCAACUUGCCAAUGGAGCCGCCUCCUCCCUACCCCCUGUACCAGCAGUCCCUGCAGCAGGGCCACCCAGCCCUGUCGCAGAGUUCCCAGCAUCCUGCGGGGCAGGGGCAGCAUCAGCAGGCAGGAGGUCAGCAGCAGCAACAGCAGCAGCAGCCUGUGUCCCCACUGCACAACCUGCACCUGGACUUCAACUCCAGCGGACAUAACAACAUGGGGGCAUUCUUCAGCGACCCUUUCAUGGACCCACAGUUCUCUAACCGGCAGUCGAAGUCUCUGUCCUAUCAGCUGGACCAGUUCGGCCUGUUGGAGAACCCCAUGAGCUCAGUGGCGGGCGGCACCAGCUUCGACCCCGCCUCCAACCUCUACUAUUCCCAGGCAGCUUUGAUGGGGCUGGGCGGCAGCCACGGCAACCUGCAGGACUCGCUGCAGAUGAGGCAGAACAUGCUGUACUCCAACUGCGGGGGAGGCGUGCCCAACAUCAUCCUGACAGAUGACUCGAACCCGAGCCUGUCCAAGGACAUCAGCAGUGCUCUGUCCGCGGUGCCGGAGUGCUUUGACUCAGAGGGGGGCUUCCCUCUGGAAGACGAGUUGCGCAUCGAGCCCCUCAGCCUGGACGGCCUCAGCAUGCUGAGCGACCCUGACAUGGUCCUGCCCGACCCCUCGGUGGAAGACAGCUUCCGCAGCGACAGACUAUAGAGAGGAGGGGAGACAAGGUGUCCCCCUGCCAUCUGCGCACACACAGACACAGACACAGACACACACACACACACACACACACACAGAGCAGCUCACGCACUCUCACACAUUCAGUGUGCAGUUAGACACGCACACAUUGCUCAAGCACAAAUGCACACACUAACACACAAACACUGUCUGACUCACACACAUACAUACACACACCCACCCACACAAACAUGCUCCACAUGGACAUCCUCGCAUCCAGUGGACAAUACUGCCAUUCGAGACAGAGAUUAGGGUUAAAAACGCCACAUAGACAAAGAAACAUGCAGUAAAUUAGAGUAGAUUUAUAUAUUGGGGAAAAAAAACUUAUAAUGUGAUUUCACAUGCACACACAUGCACACACAAACACACACACACACACACACACACACAUUGGGAAGGCUCUGAAUGACAAAGAGCACUGUUUCACACUAACAGAGCAGCAUACAAUUCAACACAAUGACAAGUCAAUCUGUACCUGUCUCAGUCACCUUGAUCACCAGGACAGAUGUGACCGUGUCCUUUGUGACCGGUUUGAGUUUCCCAUCGCCUUGCUUUUCCCAGCCCAAAAUAAAAAAAAGAACCAAAAAAGAUCCUCGGCACACCAUACCCUUGAGAUUUGUGACCCGGUCAGCCCGGGAGCCCCGUUUCCAGCCACACAAGAGCCCUGCAGAUCUCUCUCCAGCAAGAAGAGAGGCUCAGUCAGGCUAGGUCUUUAGCUUUGCAACCAGACAUGAUUUGGAAAAAAACAAAACAAAAAAUAUAAAGACCGUUCAUGUGCACCAUGCGGAAAUAUGUCAGCAUGGAGUGUUAUGGAGCAGUGUGCCCCCCCCCCCCCCAUCACUAGCUCAGGCGGAAUUGUAGAUUGCCAUGUUCCAAGCCACCAGCAGGCAUGCUAAUGCCCUGGGGAUGCCAGCACCAGCAGAGUUUACAAACGGCAGAGUCUGCCUCCAUGUGUCAGGACCUGAUGCGUGCCACAGAGGCCGCGUCAGCACUUCUUUCACUAUAUUUUAUACAGACAAUGAGCCACCAGCCAAAUAUUCGCUGCCAGUCCCUGCAAAGAAAAAGAGCUUCAAAUUAAAAUCCCAAGGUGAGGCGAAAAAAAAGAAAAGCGAAGAGAAGAUGAAUUUACCUUUCUGUAUAGAGCAUUCUUAUUUUUA